UGGAUUUGACUGAUAUUUUUCCCUUUAUAAACAUUAUAAUCACUCACUGACUAUUCCAGUUUUUGAUCGAGGAUUCAAAGAAGAUAAAACCAAUAAUGGUCACUCGUCAUCUCCUUCGAUCCGCUCUCCGUAGAUAUAACCAGGCUAAUUCGUGGAAUAAUGUUGGGAGUUCAAGGAGAGAUUUAUUCCAGAUUCCUUUACUAACCAGAUGUAGUACUUCACAAGCAUCUUCUCAAAGAGAUGUCUCAACUGAUAAAGAGUCAAAGGGGCAUGGGAUGUUGGCACCAUUCACUGCUGGUGGGCAGUCAUCGACGAAUCCCUUAAUAAUAGAAAGAUCUGAGGGGUCCUAUGUCUACGACUCUAAUGGAAAAAAGUACCUUGACUCCCUUGCUGGUCUGUGGUGUACAGCUUUAGGAGGAAAUGAACCUCGUCUUAUUGCUGCCGCACUGAAACAACUAAAUACUUUGCCAUUCUAUCAUUCUUUCUGGAAUCGGACCACAAAACCAUCUUUGGACCUUGCAGCUGAACUUCUAGAAAUGUUUACAGCAAACAAGAUGGAAAAAGUGUUCUUCACUAAUAGUGGAUCUGAAGCCAAUGAUACUCAGGUGAAGCUUGUUUGGUACUAUAACAAUGCGCUUGGAAGGCCAGACAAGAAGAAGUUUAUUGCUAGAUCAAAAUCAUAUCAUGGUUCAACCCUUAUAUCAGCAAGUCUUUCUGGGCUUCCACCACUUCACCAAAAAUUUGAUAUCCCAGCUCCUUUUGUGUUGCAUACUGACUGCCCUCACUACUGGCGAUUUCACCUUCCAGGUGAGUCAGAGGAGGAGUUCUCAACUAGACUAGCAAAUAAUUUGGAGACACUUAUCUUGAAAGAGGGACCAGAGACGAUUGCUGCAUUCAUUGCGGAACCAGUAAUGGGGGCAGGAGGUGUCAUACCUCCACCUGCAACUUAUUUUGAUAAGAUUCAAGCUGUUGUAAAGAAAUACGACAUUUUGUUCAUAGCUGAUGAGGUGAUUUGUGCCUUUGGAAGGCUCGGGACUAUGUUUGGCUGCGAUAAGUACAAUAUCAAACCAGAUCUUGUUUCCUUGGCAAAGGCACUUUCUUCUGCAUACAUGCCUAUUGGAGCAGUUCUUGUGAGCCCUGAAGUUGCAGAUGUCAUAAAUUCUCAAAGCAAAGAUCUUGGAUCAUUUUCUCAUGGAUUUACCUAUUCGGGCCACCCAGUCUCUUGUGCAGUAGCACUAGAAGCUCUCAAGAUCUACAAGGAUAGAAAUAUUCUCAAGCAAGUAAACAGCAUUGCUCCGAGAUUUCAAGAAGGGUUAAAAGCCUUCUCAAACAGCCCAAUCAUAGGGGAGAUCCGUGGAACUGGCUUGAUUAUUGGAACAGAAUUCACCGAUAACAAGUCCCCUAACGAUCCAUUCCCACCUAAAUGGGGAAUUGGUGCAUAUUUUGGAGCGGAAUGUCAGAAACGUGGGAUGUUGGUGCGAGUAGCUGGCGAUAACAUUAUGAUGUCUCCUCCAUUCAUAAUGUCUCCUGAUGAAACUGAGGAGUUAAUAAGUAUUUAUGGGAAGGCAUUGAAGGCAACAGAAGAUUAUGUGCAAGAACUCAAAUCUCAGAAGUGAGUGAGGGAUUUGAGAAAAAAAAAACUUGAAAAUAUAAUUUUCAGUUAAUAACUAUUUAAAUAAAGCUUUGUAUGUUCUUGCAAUGUUUGUUAUGUUUUAAUGAUUAAUUUUAAUGUUUCUCUAA